AGAUAACAUGACAGGAUGUUCCACUCAAGUAUUGAAAUGACUUAGAUGAUGGAAGAAAAAGAAAAUCUGAAAAUGCAAAAUUCAUAAAAAAGAAUUGAAUUUGAAAUCUUUAAAAUGUCUUCAAAGCGCCCAUUAAAAGCUCACAUAGCCCCACCAGGGGACUUUAUUGCCCUUGGUAAGCACAGUAAAUCCAGCAGUUCAGAUGUAGAUUUGGGAAAAGCUCUGACUCCCAAAAAAUUGGGUGUGCCACCAGGAAAAAGAGAGGCAUCAGGCAUGGGAGGUUCCAGUUUGGUGAAGAAGCCAAAACUCAUAGGACAGACAUUCACACCACUGGGUCGGAGUGAUGUGGAAAGGAAGAGUUCCCCAGCUCCAACUCCAGCUCCAACAUCUCAGUAUGAAGAACUAGCCAUUGAUGUUGACCCACAAGAAUUACUAGAAGAAAUUCUGGAUGCUGAAGACACUUGUGAUGAUGAGAGGCUAGAGGGACUGUUUUGUUGGGCAGUUAAAUAUCUCCAUGGUAAUAGAUCCAAACCUGAUCCAGCGGUCUAUCUUACUCUGAUGUAUCUUGCAAAAACAAAAUCUAGUGUGUUCAACAGCGAUGUUAUUAUUCAGGCAUUUUGCAGUCUUCUGAAGAGAGACAUGUCCUUGAAUUUUAAAUCCAAAGGAAACUGCUUGGUAUCAGUGUGUGCUUGUAGUGUGCUGAUGGCUGCAUUUGCUAAGGAAGAAAACUGGCCUGAUGACUUUGUAAAGGUGUUUGUAGAGGAUUCUUUGGGGGAGAGGGUGUGGGUGGAUAGAGCAGACUGUAAAGCCUUUGUGGACAAUAUCAUCACUGCUUUCAACACCAACCUGCCGGCUAAGUCGGCCAUUUCUGUAGAACAGACAUCAGCUAAGGAACAGUCUGGAACAGCCAGUCCAGUUGUUGGUUUUUUACAAGAUGAAGAUGACCGAGACUCUGAAGUUAAGAUUUCUGCAUUGGUGGAAAUGGAGGCAGUCCAAGUUCUUUCAAGAUAUCCCUACCAACAAGAAACUAUUGAGAUGACCAUUAUGGAGGUCAUCAAAGAGCAGUUGAACAAAAGACAACCCAUGGAUGCCACCUCAAAAAAUCUUAUCCGCUUCAUGACGGCCACAUGUGGAUAUGGUGAAGUAAGACUGCUGGCAUCUCAGCGACUAGAAAUGUGGCUGCAGAAUCCAAAAUUGGCCAGACCAGCCCAAGAUCUACUAAUGUCCAUCUGUAUGAACUGUAAUCAACAUGACCAAAAGGAUUUAGAAACCAUGGCCAUUCUGAUCAAGAUCAGGAUGAAGACAAAGCCACUCCUUAACCACUUCCUGAACUGCCUGAGAGAGUUAUUGGACCAACAUCCAGAGAAUAUCCGUAUGAUCAUGACCCACACCAUCUACAACGAGUUGUCCAACACUCGAAAUCCCAACAACAUGGCCAUUAUCACUACGCUGUUCCAGAAAACGGGCGAACAAUCAACUAGGAUCUUAGCUGAGGUUUUCCAAGACUUGCUGGCCAACAAAGAGGACUAUUUGAGAGCAGUUCGAGGUUUGUUCCGGGAAAUUGUGAGGUCACUGAAGCAUGACAUCAACAUCACCGCCUUCUGUUUAGGGCUGAUGCAGGAGAGAGUGGAGACCAAAUUUAUGGAUUUGGACCACAAUAUCAGGGAGCGUUAUGUGAUGUCUAUAGGAGACCUGGUGACCCAGGCCAUAUUUCUGUGUAUCACGCCACAAGUCAGGGAGGCGGCCACUGCGCUCUCAAAAGGCGAGAAGAAAGAUCUGGGAACUCUGCACAGUUUUCGCCAACAAGUGGCACUGAUACAGAGAGACUCUGUUUGGUGGCUUCAUACCAUAGUACCCAAGGUCAUUGAGGUCAAGCUCUCAGAGUAUGUGCACUGUCUUCACAAGGUUCUUUUCAUGGAGAGUGCAGAUCAGUACUACAACAAGGACAAUUGGCCCCUGGAGGCUGAUAGAAGUACAUUCCUACACCUGGCCACAAAUGUUCCUGUGCUAGAGGAUACCCUUAUGAGAGUUCUGGUGAUUGGACUCUCCCGAGAGUUACCACUAGGUCAGGUAGAUGCUGUUGAAUUAGCUGACCAGCUGGUCAAGAGAGCGGCCAGUCUAUGUCUGGAUGGUCAAGUAGUGUUGCAAAUGGAGAAGUUAGAACUUGUGGAUGCUCUGCUGAAUUUGUGCAGCUACAGACAUCCAACAGAUAUCACACUACCGAAAGGGUACAAACCACCCACACUGGCAAUCUCUAAUCUGUACUGGAAAUCCUGGGUUAUUUUGCUAAUUCUAGCUGCAUUUAAUCCACGAACAUUUGGACUGACUGGCUGGAAGAAUUAUCCAACACUGAAAUGCUUAAUGGAACAGGUUAUGACUGGGAACUUUGCAUUCCCCCCACCCACAAUGGCAGAUGAUGAAUUGUCAGUGGAGGACAUUAGCAAUAAAGAAAAACAGUUUGCUCAGCAAGAGAGGCAGCAGAUUCUGGAGUUUGAGACUCACCUAGCGGCUGCCACCAGUAAAGUUACCAUCACAGAAGCCAACAGUCUGCUCAUCUCACAGCUCACCACCAUGGAUCCUAAUGGAAUAGCUAGAAACCCUCCAACUGCAAUAACGGAGCAGCUGAAGCUGUUAAAUGACAACCUGAGGAUCGGACAGAUGCUGUGUAGGAGUCGGCAGCCCGACUUCCUGUUAGACAUUAUUCAAAGACAGGGUAGUUCCCAGUCGAUGUCGUGGUUGGCCGAGCUGGUGGAGUCCAGUGAGGGGUCUCUAGAGGUCCUUCCUGUUCAGUGCCUGUGUGAGUUUCUUCUCCAUGAUGAGGAGACUCCCUCUAUAGAGGAGGACACUAAACAGAUGGGGAAACACAAGCACAAACAGAAACUGAGGAAAAGGGAGCAAUUGUUGCAUAGGCUCCAGGGAUUGGUGUGGGGAGAGAGUGAAAUGACCCCCCAGGUUCUGGAUUACUUCUUGAAAAGGCUUUCCUCCAAUCAAGCUGCCAACAGGGUGCUGGCCAUAAGGGGUUUAUCCAUGGUAAUUGCUAAGGACGAUGCCAUGGAAACUGACGACAGUGUCCCUUACAAAUGGCUUUGUAAGGACCUUCCACUCAUCCCAAUGUUUCCUGAUGUCUACCCACAAAUUACAGAGUCUCUCAGACAGGCCUGUCAAAUAGAAACAGAUCCUGGUCUGGUCAGUGCUUACAUUAUGUUCCUAUCACAACAAACCGAGCACAAGAGUCUCCAUGAUCUAGAUGAUAUUGCAUUGGACAUAGCCAAUUUGAUAGUAGACAGAACUACAGUUGUAAAUCAUAUAUUGCCCCUGGAAGAGGACUGUAAGAUUGAAAUGGCUCACCUCACCCUGACAGCAUUGCACUCCCUGUACUUCAAUUAUCUGACCAAGGCCAAGAAACCGAACAAAGAGGCAUAUUCCUGGUCCAACACCCAGGACCAGAUCUUGCUGCAGUGGGAAGGAGGAGAUUCAGCCACUAUGCAUGUGUUGGUUGUUCAUGCCAUGAUAAUUCUACUCACUUAUGGACCUCCGAAUGGUGAGAGUGACUAUCAGGAGUUAUUAGACACCUGGUUCCCAGAAUCGGGCCAGCCUCCUUCUGCUUUUCUGCUGGACACCUCAGAGGAAGCACUGCUGCUUCCUGAUUGGCUAAAACUUAGAAUGAUCAGGUCAAGAGUUCACCAGUUGGUAGAUGUGGCUCUUCAAGACAUAGAACCGGCUCAACUGUUGCUCUUUGUCCAGUCCUUUGGUAUCCCAGUGGCCAGUAUGAGCCGUCUGUUUAAGUGUCUGGACAAUGCUGUAGCUGCUGACCCUAACCUGAUAGAGGAGGCAGUGGACGACAAGGCUUACAUGGCUCAGCUGAUUGAGAUCCAACACAUGAGAGGGGUGGUGGGCGGAGACAUCUUUUACAAGCUUCUGACAAAAUCCUUAGUUCCCAAACCUGAAAGUACAGCUACAGAUGAAGAUGUGGCAGAGUUAAAAGCAGUCAGCAAGAAGUGGUCACAGAGAAUGGAGAGUACCAAGAAACCCUCAACUUCUAAUGUCACCGAUUUAAUAGUUCAAAUUUUUAGCCAAGAAGGAGUCAAGAAGAAGGAAGUGCAACAAGAGUACCACAAGCUCAUGAUGAUUUUAUCAGGAUCAGAGACCGCCACAGCAAUAGAAGUUACACAAGUUCUUCUUGAGAUGCUAGGGGGGAUGCAUGGACCUCAAUUUGCCAAGAUAUUCUCAAGGAGCCCUCAAACCUGCUCACUCUUAAAACUGCUGGUUUCCAAGAAAGUGACCUUAGGAGGUCUUCUGUACAAACUGAUGGAGACCCUGUUUAAUGAGAUUAAAGGUCAGAGAUGCAUGGUGACCUCCAUAGUGAACCAGUACCUCCUGUCCAAUAAACCAAAUAUCCCUGAAAGGAGACCGUCGUACAAAUCCGUCAAAUCUGUUGGAUCCUCAAGUCAAGCUCUUCUGGAUGAUCUGAUCAGCCAAGUUCAGAAAGAUGAAAACAACAUGGAGAAGAUGAUAAAGGAGUGUAUGAGGGUUAAUACCAAGCCCGACGACAGUCUGUCAGCGGCAGAGACGAUGCACCGCACACUGACCGCUGUGGCCUGUAAAGCCAUACACAAAGACACUGAAGAGGCCAGUAACACAAUGACUACCUCAAUGGCCAUUCUGUUUGUGGAUUGGCUGGAGCUGUUAGAUCCUGAACUUGUUGCCAUGGUUCCAGAUUUACAGCAGCAGCUUCUGUUUGCUAAUGAGAAGUUAAAAGGCCUGCCCAGCCAGAGUGUGGCUCGCAGUAGCCAGCCCUAUCUGCUGACCCUCCUCACUCACCAGAGUAGCUGGGCCUCACUUCAGAGGUGCAUCAACUGUCUGUUACAGCCUGCGGAAGUCCUCAGAUUCAGCCCGACUGCUGUUCUUGAUUUUUUAUGGGCGUGUCUUCAGAUUCCUAAGAUUUGGAGAGGAAGAGAGAGGAGAACACCCAAAAACCACACUGCCGAGAAUGUCCUUGGUUUGACGUCAGACCAGCUGAUAGCAUUGAUCAAAUACAUUGUUGAGGAGUCCAUUCAGCUGUAUCCAGAUAAGGAGGCAGACGAUAAUAAGGUCUCCACAGAGAGACAGAGUAGUAUUGCCAACCGGAUUGAUCUCCUGAUGUUGUGUAUUGGUGAAAAUCACAGGAAUCUCCAGAGGGUGGUCACCUUCAUCAGAGAUAUCCCACCCACUAGCAGCAGUUAUAUCCAGUACCAGCAGCUAUUAGUUGAGUUAUAUUCCCAGUGUCCCAAGGUCAUUGCCUGGCUGUCAGAUGUACAGGGGGCAUUUUUUGAUGGGCAGUUCUCACAGUCCACCAUUACACAGGUUGACAUUGUUUCUCAUCGGUUACUAACGUGCCUUGGACAAGCUGGCAAUGGCAAAACAGCCGAGGACAAGAUGUAUGAUGCCAACAUUGCCUGUCGCAAGCUUGCUUCACAGCAUCCUCUCCUCAUGUUAAGACAACUUCCCCUUAUAGCUGCUUUGUUGAAGGGUAAGACCCAGUUUACAUUUGGAGAGAUGAGACAUAAGAACUACCUUUUGCUGUUUACUCACAUCCUGGGUCUGAUGGAGACCUUACAGCCACACAUUUACCGGCGGGACUACACAGCCCUGGCUGAUGUCAUCCACUCCUACUUCUCACUUAUCAGUGCACAUGCCAAAGGGAAACAACUUGGGCCAAUUAUCCACAAGUACAUCAAGUUCCUGUACCAAUACACUACACACGAGCCUCAGCAGUCUUCCAUCAUAUUGCAGAAAUAUGUCAACUUACUCAGUGGUAUUUCUACGAUGUACCCUGAGCUGUCUGUGCUAAAAUCCCUUCUGGCUGGACUAACACUGUCCAGACAGUCAGAGAGUAACCAAGGCAACGUGGCAUCCGUCACCCAGCCAAGAUCAACCUCUCCGUGGACAGUAGGUCAGCUGACACCCUUCCUGGACAGAUUGCACAUGGCCACUGACAGCGAGGAUAUAUUGGAAGUUUUGACAGAUCUUGAUGAAACCUCAAAGAGGAAAGUGGACAUUCUGGAACAUUUCAUUGGAGAUUUGAAAAAAUUAUUGUUGCACGCCUCAGAUACUGCGAGAAAUACAGCAUACAGUCUGGUCAUGCGAUACAUUCGACACAAUCCUAGGGCCUCUGAACAGUUUGUGGGCAGUUUCCUACAUUGCUUUGAUAGUGAAAACCCUGAUAUCAUAACAAGUGCUCUGAAAAAUCUCCCAGAGUUCUGUGUGCUCUGUCAAGAUCAUGCUGAUGAAAUUCUGCAGAAAUCCUUCAUAGUAGGGACGACAACAGCCAUUGAGACCAGCAGUUUCAUUAGCGAGACCUUACAGCUGCUGAACUUGGAGACUGUACAGAUAUAACAAGCCUGAACAGUGUUUUACAGUGCAGGUGUUAUCUCAAAACAAACAGAGAAAAGGUUAUUCAAGUUCUCCCCUCUAGUAGGAUGGAUAACAAUCAAAUCAAUUCGGGGCCUUCAGGAGGAAUUCCGUCAGUGAGAUAAAUGGACAAAUGAUUAGAUUCAACUCAGCAAAAAUUGCAUAAUAAACUCUCAUCUCUUCCUCCUCUCUGUGAGAAACAGAAGUAUAUGGAUUCAAUGCUUUGGAUCUUACAGAAUCAACCUUUUAUUAGCUUGUGAAAAAUAUCCACCAGCUUUACAAUCACCUUCAUUUUGUGAAUGGUUCUUGUUGUUAACCUGCAUAAUGUGUGUACAGUUUGCAUGCUGGGUCAUUUGUGAGUAUAACUGGUCAUGCAUGUGUUCUCCAGUGGCGAAUAAGAGUAGUUGAGAAUAAGAGUAGUCGAGACUAAGAGUGGUUGUGUUGCAUUAAGAUUAUCGCCUCUGUCUGAGACAGAAUUGUAUGUCUGACUGUCCUGUUACAAUUACAUCAUAUAUAUAGACACGAUCUGUUUCAUUACAUGAUAAUCAUCUCCUCAGUGUGAGACAGAAUAUUGUUUGAAUUUCAUUGUUUUGAUUGCAUUACAUUAUAUUAAUGGUGCAUAUUACUGAUGUCAAUAAAAUGAUGAAUUACA